AUGGCUGCGAUAACGCCGUCACCCGCUGCGAAUGAUAUGAAAACCUCCAGCACCCCCGCAUCCCCCGUGGAGUCAACUACAUCACAACCCAUCGGUGCAAAGCGGAAACGAACCGCAGAGCCCAAGUUCUACGCGGUGAAAUUCGGAUUCCAGCCUGGAGUUUAUCAUACGUGGAAUGACUGUUUAACGCAAGUGACGGGCUUCAAGGGUGCUGUUUUCCAGUCGUUUCCUACUCUGGAUGAAGCAAAUGCCUUCCUCACUGGCACACAAACUGCUACGGGACCUGGGAACUCAUCCACGAGCACAAAAUUCUACGGUGUACAACGGGGACGAAAACCAGGUGUAUAUACCGACUGGGCAGUGACGCAGGAUCAAGUGCGGGGGUUCCGGGGACCUAAAUAUCGCAGGUUCGCGACUUGGGCUGAGGCAGAUGCCUAUGUUCGACAGGGACAACAGAUGCCGGAAGAGACAGAAAUUGCGCAAGACGUGGAGCAUAAGCCGAAUCUGUCCGGGAAGACGAAUCUACCUGGCGCUCCUGGCCUGACAUCGGAACGGCCAACCGAUGCCGAUGGGAAAGAGUAUCCGCCUGGAUUGGGGCCCGUGCCACCAGGUGCAGUUGACGGGUUUGACCCGAACAUCCUUCUUGAUCCUACAACGGGGAAAUUGAAAUAUAGAUCGCCACAUGAAAAAUUACCAACAAAGCAGCAACUGGGACGUCCGGGACCUUUAAAAAUAUACACCGACGGAAGCUCUUUGAGAAAUGGUUCCAUGGGAGCCAAGGCUGGUGUUGGAGUAUAUUUUGGUCCUGGCGAUGAGAGGAACGUAUCCGAGCCACUCAAAGGCAGCCGACAAACAAACCAACGAGCAGAACUGACGGCAAUCAUACGCGCAUUGGACAUUGCGCCACGGCACCGCGACGUCACUAUUUUCACAGACAGCAAGUACGCGAUCAACUGCGUGACGGUAUGGUUUGUGAAUUGGCAACGCAACAAAUGGAUGACGGCGCAGGAUAAGCCGGUCGAGAACAAAGAUUUAAUCCAAUCCAUCCUUCUCAAAAUUGAAGAGCGGACACUGCUGAAUGUCAAGACGUUGUUUGAAUGGGUCCGAGGACACAGUCGAGAUCCUGGAAAUGAGGCAGCCGACCGGCUGGCGGUGAAUGGAGCAAAGAAUGAGCCGCUGGCUUCGAAUGACAUUGCGACUCCUGAGCCUGAAGAUUACGGCGGUGGGAUUAGAGGUAGUGGUGGUGAUUAUGAUGACGACAUUGAUGAAGUUGGAGAGCGAACUGGGGGAGAUGACUGA